AUGGAGCCCACCGCGGCCAGAGAGGAUGAGCGUGGAGGGAGCGCGGCGGCAGGGGAGUGCGUGGAUAAGAUCCCGGUGCCACGGCCGCCGUCCAUUGAGGAAUUCACCAUCGUGAAGCCCAUUAGCCGAGGCGCCUUCGGGAAAGUGUACCUGGGGCAGAAAGGCGGCAAGUUGUAUGCUGUGAAGGUUGUCAAGAAAGCAGACAUGAUCAACAAAAAUAUGACUCAUCAGGUCCAAGCUGAGAGAGAUGCACUAGCACUGAGCAAAAGCCCUUUCAUUGUCCAUUUGUAUUAUUCACUGCAGUCGGCAAGCAAUGUCUACUUGGUAAUGGAAUAUCUUAUUGGUGGAGACGUUAAGUCCCUUCUACACAUCUAUGGUUAUUUUGAUGAAGAAAUGGCUGUGAAGUACAUUUCUGAAGUAGCACUGGCUCUAGACUACCUUCAUAGACAUGGAAUCAUCCACAGGGAUCUGAAACCAGACAAUAUGCUUAUUUCUAAUGAGGGUCAUAUUAAACUGACAGAUUUUGGCCUUUCCAAAGUUACUUUGAAUAGAGAUAUCAAUAUGAUGGAUAUCCUUACAACACCUUCAAUGGCGAAACCUAGACAAGAUUAUUCAAGAACCCCAGGACAAGUGUUAUCUCUCAUCAGCUCUUUGGGAUUUUGCACACCAGUUGCAGAAAAAAACCAAGACUCUGCAGAUAUCCUUUCAACCCAUCUAUCUGAAACAUCACAGCUUUCUCAGGGAUCAGUCUGUCCUAUGUCCACAGACCAAAAGGAUACAGCUCCUUAUCCUAGCAAGCUACUAAAAUCAUAUCUUGAAACACUUGCCUCCAACCCAGGAAUGCCUGUGAAGUGUCUAACUUGUAAUCUGCUCCAGUCUAGGAAAAGGCUGGCUACAUCCAGUGCCAGUAGUCAGUCUCACACUUUCGUGUCCAGUGUGGAAUCAGAAUGCCACAGCAGUCCCAAAUGGGAAAAAGAUUGUCAGGAAAGUGACGAAGUAUUGGGCUCUACAGUCAUGAAUUGGAACACUGCUGAAAAGUUAUGCACAAAAUCUACAAGUGCUAUUGAUCUUGAGUUAGCGCUUUCUCCUAUUCAUAACAGCAGUACCAUUCCUGCUGCUGAAAGUUCUUGUGGAAACCUUGCCAAAAAAGGCAUCUCCGAGGAUGUUUCUUGGGAAACAAGAGAACUGGAUGUCUGUAAUAUAGAUAUGGCCUCUGACACAAGGCAGUCUGAUUUCCAUCAGUCAGAUCAGUGGGCUGUGGAUUCCGGUGGUCUCUCUGAAGAGCACCUUGGGAAAAGAAGUUUAAAAAGGAAUUUUGAGUUGGUUGACUCUAGUCCUUGUCAGGAAAUUAUACAGAAUAAAAAAAAUUGUGUAGAGUAUAAGCACAGUAGUGAAAUGAUAGAUUAUUGUACAAAUCAAAGAACAGGCUUAACAGCUGAAGUCCAGAACCUUAAACUGUCGGCAUAUAGAAAUUGGCAAAAUGAUUGUGCCAAUAAGGAGAACAUUGCCAAUUCUUACAUUGAUAAACAACAAACACCGGAAAGAUUACCCAUACCGAUGAUAGCAAAAAAUCUGAUGUGUGAACUGGAUGAAGAUUGUGAAAAGAAUAACAAGAAGGACUAUGGAAGCUCUAAUUGUCUGUGCUUAGAUGAUGAUAAAACUUCCAAAAGUAUUUGUAUGGAUUCUGAUUCAUCUUUUCCUGGAAUUUCUGUAAUGGAAAAUUCAUUGGAAAGGCAGUGCUUAGAUCCAGAUAAAAGCAUCAAAGAAUCCUCUUUUGAAGAGUCAAAUAUUGAAGAUCUACUUACUGUAUCACCAAACUGCCAAGAGAAUACUUUGCCAAAAGGUGAUGAGGACACUGCUGUCCAGGAUGGUAACCAAAAAAUGCUAGCUCCUUCUUCCGAGGUGUUGAAAACAGUAACCCUGUCUAAAAGGAAUGCUGUAGCUUUCCGAAGUUUCAACAGUCAUAUUAACACGUCUAACAACUCAGAACCAUCCAAAAUGAGCAUUACUUCUUUAGACACAAUGGAUAUUUCAUGUGCGUAUAGUGGUUCGUAUCCCAUGGCUAUAACCCCUACACAAAAAGGAAGAUCCUAUAUACCGUACCAGCAGACCCCAAAUCAGAUCAAGUCAGAAACUCCAUAUCGAACACCAAAGAGUGUGAGAAGAGGGGCAGCCCCCAUGGAUGAUGGGCGCAUUCUAGGAACCCCAGACUACCUCGCACCUGAGCUGUUAUUAGGCACAGCCCACGGGUUUCUGACUUCAGGUCCUGCAGUAGACUGGUGGGCACUUGGAGUGUGCUUGUUUGAAUUUCUAACGGGCAUUCCCCCUUUCAAUGAUGAAACACCACAACAAGUGUUCCAGAAUAUUCUGAAAAGAGAUAUCCCUUGGCCAGAAGGUGAAGAGAAGUUAUCUGAGAAGGCUCAAAGUGCAGUAGAUAUACUGUUAACCAUUGACAAUACAAAGAGAGCUGGAAUGAAAGAACUGUUCCCUGCCUUGUACUUUUUUGCCAACAUCUUCAUUACUGCCUCAAGAACUGAAGGAUUGGAGUGGGCAUUUGGCCUAAAGGAGCUGAGACUUCAUCCUCUCUUCAGCGAUGUGGACUGGGAAAAUCUUCAGCAUCAAACUAUGCCUUUCAUCCCCCAACCAGAUGGCGAAACAGAUACAUCUUAUUUUGAAGCCAGGAAUAAUGCUCAGCACCUGACUGUAUCUGGAUUUAGUCUAUAGCACAUUCACUCUCCUAAGGCUAACCUGUGUUAUAGAAGCAGCUCGCAUAGUUAUAUACUCCUUAAUACUAGGCUGAUCGACAUGUGGGAAAAAAGUCAUUACGUUACCUGGGUCAGUGACCUUUAAAUGUAUGUUACAGCUUUCACAAGAGUUAAAAAACUAAGGAAUAUAAUCUGUAAUUUAUCUCGAUCUCAGAACUGUAUAUAAAUCUUUAAAACUUUCUUCAUCUUAUUUAUUUUGUUGACUGCACUUUACGAAAAGCACCAAUAAAAUUAGAAUGACACUACCAUGGUAUAGAGAAAGUCAUAAAUUCGAUUUUCUUUCUCUUUAGCUGAUGCUUUCAGUCCUCCAUUCAGCUUUAUGUUAAAAUAAUGGAGGAAAAAUCAUAAUUUCAUUUGAAAGCAACUUAUUGCACAUGGUUGCCUGCAAAUGUUUGGUCUCCAGGGCAAUUAUUUAAAGGCCAUAUUUGAGACCUCAAAUGCAGCUGUAAAUUCCUUUGUGCUGCAGCCUAACUCCUUUAGAGAAUGAGGAAUGAGCAAGGCUAAUGUCUUCGUUUACCUUACUACAUUUUUGCUGCCUUGACUGAUUUUUAGUGCUUCCUCUACAAUGUGUGUUUAAAAUAGCACUAAAAGGGUUAGGUGUGACAUACUGUAGCUUGCUCAACAUGCAUAGAAAAUUAGAUACUUCUUAUAGUUGUUUGUUUAAAAUGUACACUAUCAGGGGCAGAAUAUCUUUAAAAAUUUUAUUUUGCUUAAUAGGUAGAGUGAGUGUGAAUAUCAUUCUGUUAAGAUACAGACAGACAGACACACAGGUCAUACCCUAGAUUCAUGGAGAAUUUAAUUAAAAAGAACAAAUCUAAUUGCACUUUAGGAAAGUUUUUUGCUAAUGGUGUCAUCUAUUAAAUACUAUUGUUUCUUUUGCA